AUGUCGCCGCUUCUCCUCAGCACUCUGCUGCUUUUAAAUGGGCGAGCAUGUUUCGUGACUGCCAACAACGAUUCGGCUUUUGCGGUGUGCGAGGGGUUCCUCGGCGGACUUUACCGAAGGAUGACGUCCGCUCACAAAGAGCUGACUCCCGCUCUGGUGGAGGAAGAACUGUUCCGGGCUUGCUCCGCCGCCCAGGGCAAGGAGGCCAGGCUGUGUUACUACUCAGGAGCCAGCAGUGACGCGGCGACCCGCGUCACGCCAUCCGUGUCCCAGCCUCUGGCUUCCCACGUUCCUGUGGAGAUUUGCCGGCGCCUGAGCAGCAGGGACACGCAAAUAUGUCAACUCAAACACGAGACCGAGCUGAAGGAUUUGAGCAGCGAAGGCUUGAAAAGGAUGCGCGUGGCGGAGCUGAGGAACAUUUUAGCCUCGUGGGGAGAGGAGUGCCGAGGGUGCCUGGAGAAACACGAAUUCGUCAGCCUCAUCCUGGAGAAGGCCUCGCUUCAGACUCACAAAGCCGAACUGUGA